CCAAUUUUAGCCAAAUACCUUGUCUAGUCCCCCCUCUGUUUAACGCAGAAAAGACUUCUAGACCAUUUCCACAUCCACCCCACCUCAGUGAUAUGUAAAGAACAUAUAUGUGCUGAUAGUGACUUCAAACCCACCUCUGAUAAUGCACCCCCCCGCUGCAACACACACCUUCACCAUUCCCUCCCUCCAUGAUGGGAUUAGGCUCGAAUGCCGCAUAUACCAUCCACAGGGGCGGUUGCAUACGAGUUACAAGUCAUGUCAGCAGAUACGAGGCGCGAUCGUUGCACAUCCAUACGCUCCUCUCGGAGGAUGUUAUGAUGAUCCGGUCGUCGGUUUUGUGGCAGAGGAGCUUCUCCGAGCCGGGUGUGUGGUAGGCACCUUCAAUUUUCGUGGCGCUGGUGGCUCAGAAGGACGGACAAGUUGGACAGGCAGGCCUGAACUGGCCGAUUACGCCUCUUUCUACGAAUUCAUGCUACUCUACUUGCAUCGCAUGAGAAACCCCCGAUCUACGUCAUCGCGAGUUGGCGGAGAUGGUCCCGAUGCUGUGCAGCUCAUUCUAGGCGGUUACUCGUAUGGGUCAAUGAUUGCCUCGUCUCUUCCGCAUCUAGAUCUGGUUGCGGAGGUUGUGAGGAAAAGUAACCAUGGUACCCCCAUGCAUGAGAUCUACCAAAUCUCUCAAGACCUCGUCUACUGCUUGGAGGAAGACAAGGAUGUCCUCGAAAAACCAAGCGCCACGUUCCAGGAGAUGAAGCAAGCUGCAGACGCGAUUCAAAGAACCACUAUCGCUUAUUUACUCAUCUCGCCCAUUUUACCUCCGAUUAAUCAAUUGCUGACAAUAUUCGUCAAACCGUCGCUUGAUAUUGGAGUGUAUGAGCCGAGUAAUAGGAGGUCGAUUCCUUGUCCCAAGCCAGCCGACCAGGUAUGCGCGCAUGAUACUCUUGCGCUCUACGGAACCCAGGAUACAUUCACGUCGGUACAUAAAUUGCAGAACUGGUCAAAAGAGCUCAGUCAGACUCCGUUAAGUAGGUUUCAGUCGGCCGAAAUUGAUAGAGCAGGGCACUUCUGGAGGGAAGAUGGUGUCCGAUCUCAGGCAAGAGACGCUAUCAGGAACUGGCUCUGUCAGUUGCGUUGACCUACGCGCCAUGGCCUGAACUAUGCGCGUUUCAUCACAAUAACGAGCAAUUCUAGAUCAUAUCCCUAAGGGGUUAUCGGCGCAUUGAUCCUAAGAGAAGAGAAUACUGUCAACAAAAAGAGAGAGCCACUUUCACAUGCGGGCUAGAGACCUGACCAUGAUAGGUAGCAUGUGAAACUGGUUCGCACGCAUGACCAGGCCGACCAAAAAUCCGAACGAUUACGGAAGCAUAGUUCGACCUUAAGAACCCUCUCGACUGUACCUCAAUAUUAUAGAGAGGGAGAGAAGAGUGUGUGCUGUGGCCGGCUUGGAGGAUAUUCUUCUUACCACACUCAACCAGCUGAUAGAAUAUUCGGUCACGGCACCAAUGACGCAUGGCAAUCCCAGCCUGCUAAGCCAACUUCUCCCUGUCAGAUUAUCCGUACUUGUCAGUAGCUGGCACAAGGAGCCCUUGCUAUUGGACCCUUGGACUUCCGAU